CCACAAUAAAUUUGUUUUACUUUCUAAACAACACAGUCUUUUUCACUAUUUAAAAUUAAAGUUUAAUUUUUUUAACUUAAUUUUUUUAAAGUUUACAAUAUAAUAUCUCUCGCAAGAAAAGUUUAAUUUUUUUAACUUAAUUUUUUUUAAAGUUUACAAUUUAAUAUCUCUCGCAAAAAAAGUUUAAUUUUUUUAACCUAAUUUUUUUAAAGUUUACAAUUUAUUAUCUCUCGCAAAAAAAGUUUAAUUUUUUUAACUUGAUUUUUUUAACGUUUACAAUUUAAUAUCUCUCGCAAAAAAAUUAAAUGUGUUCACGCGCGUAUUACUUUGACUUUAAAAACUGUACUUAUGUGAGUACACUUGCGAGUAAAAAUAUAAUUAAUCAUUGAGAGUAUGAUUAACAAAAAUGCGAGUAAUAUCAUUUUAGUUGUACUCGCGUUGUACUCGGGAGUGAAUUACUCGCACUCUCACUGUUUUAUUUUUGUACUCUUACUCUCGAAAAUGUGUAGCUUUACUCGCGAUCGGCACUGUAAUAUGAUCUGAAAUAAAUUUUUGUUUUAAAAAUUGCUCUUUUACAUGCUACUUCCAAUGGUUAGUGAGGCAGACACUGGAAAGAUUAAAAUGGUAGAAGCCCCAUUUUCAUUUAAUAAUGCUGCAAGUGGUACAAGACACGGUGAUAGUGGCGAGAUUCCUCUAAUUGCUCGGAUAUCUGCUCAGAAGCCUUCAGGCCCACAGUUUUUAAUCAGUAACUUACAUGGCAAAUGUUUUACGCAAUUGCUCAAUACUUACAAGUAUGAAUUCUGUCCUUAUCACAAUGUUACUCAGCGGGAACAAACGUACCGAUGGAAUGCUUUUCAUGGAGUAUUAGGCAUUUGGAAGGAAUGGAAGAUAAUGAACGGGACGUUUUCCACUAUGCACAUGGUAAAAGGAGAAGUUUGCUCAGGAGUGCUGGACCGAGAAAUACAGGUGACUCUAAGAUGUGGCAAGAGAAACGAAAUUGUAUCCGUGGAAGAGCCAACAAUGUGUCGAUAUAACAUGUUAUUCAAGACUCCGUAUGCAUGUCCGCAAGAUGUGUUACUAGUGUACCCAAUGCUGUCACACGAGGGAAAGAAAAGAUGGAGGGAGAUUGAAGAAUCGUAUGUUAUGAAUGAAAUAACCGAGAAAGGUUAUCAAAAGCGGCGAAAAAAAGUAUUCAUUGACGAAGGAUUAAACGUAAAUGACAAUCCUAAAAGAAAGAAUCGUUUUAGAAAAGAAUAUUUUUCUUUAGAAAACCCUAUUAUUUCGAAGUCUGAAGCUAAAUAUUCUGGUAGUUCAAAAUCGGGAAUCCUGUCUUACCAUGAUUUGAUGUAUCAGUUUGCAACCAAAUCUCAAUGUGUCGAGGAGUAUCGAAAAUUGUUAGCAGAGGUAGAACUGAUUCGUGCAAAAAUUGCUAACUGUACCACCAUUCAACAUACAGACGUGCAACUCGAUUCUAAUCAAAAUCUGACGGGAUGGUCGUAACCGUGAUACGUGUGACUAAAAAAACUCUCGCAAGGAGGUUUAGUCGCACGUUUCCUGCAACUGUCGCACGUUUCCUGCAAGUGUCGCACGUUUACUGCAACUGUCUCAAGAGUGUUGUGUUUCCGAUAAAUUACACGGCAAGCAGUUUUUUGUUCACCAAUUUAUGAAGUAAUUAUUUGAUUCUGACGAACAAUUAAUAGCUAAAUGCUAAUUCAUAUAAAGCAUAGCUUGAAGUACAAGAUCACGAAUUUAUUUAGCAUGCACGCCUAAAUCAGGUUAAUCUCUAAUAUUUUAAAUUGAAAUUUAACUGUCUCCUUGCUUUUGCUGGCUCGAUCAUUGUUAAUAUUAAUUACGUUAGUUUUCUGAGUUGUUAAUUUUCUGUAAUAAGGUAGUUCAUUUCUUAAUUUUA